AUGAGUGCUGCAGCGUGGCUGGCCGUGGCUGCAACCGUUGCAUGUGCGCAAUGUGCGCAAGAUGCGGCCUUCUGUUUGGAGGAGUCAGCAGAUGGAGCCACCCAUUGGCGACGGGAAAAGGAAAUGUCCUGCACCAGCGAUGCGGACAUGGUUUGGCUCCUGCAAACAGGAUUCGAUGUGGGCGACGAGGCAUCUUCCAGCUUUCGUGACCAACUCUCGUUGCCUGCUGACUCAGUGGCCGGUCUCAGACCAAGCGAUGCAGCUGCGGGUGCAGCGAGAUACGAGCAGAUGUUGGAGGCCGAAACAGAGCCACGACGGCACAUGGAUGAGCAUCGGAUGGAGGUGGUGAUGACACCCCGGCUUCGAGCGUUGCAGGUUGAAAACGAAGCACUGCGUCUACGAUUGAUGUCGAAAGAUUUGAGCCACAAAAGCUCCAGCACAGCUUCGUUUAAUGACUGGUGCCUUGCGAAUUCCGAUGUGGUUGUGGGCUUCUCCUGCUUUCUGAUCACAUGCGUCAUAGUGAGCCUGUGUAUCCCGUGUGGCAUGUCUCCGCUGCAGCUCUGUUUGGGUGCUAUGCAGGGCUCGGCUUCCGGCGAAGUGACCUCAAAGCUUUGA